CUCGGCCGACUGUCUGGCUCGGCGCCGGUUGACAGUUGGGUGUUGCGUGACAGCAAUUUGGCCAAUUUGCCGGCUGCAAGAUGCGUAGUCGGCAAAAGGACGUCGGUGCGUGUGAAGGUGUCCAAAUUACUUUCGUUUCAGGAAAAUUGUAAACACUCAAGUGUGAUAGCAAAACAAACUCUCAAAAGGUAAGCGAUAUAGCGCCGCACAACAAGUGGUGUGCCAGCGUGCGUUCAAAUGAGAGUGUUGCUUUUGAGGAUUUGUGUCAGAAGUUAUUUUGAAAAGUGAAAGCGAAUUUCGAAAAGUGGAAGUGAAGUUGAAGUGAAGAUGAAAAUUUAUUAAAAUGAUUUGUCAUCAAGUGCUCGAACGGAUUUGAAAUACUCGAGGAUGCAAUGUUAAUAAAAUAUUAAGAAUCAAGGUGUUUGAACAAGUUAAUUAACCAGAGACACGUUAAAAUUUUCAAAAUAUUAAAAAAAAAAAUUAAAGAAAAAAAUAAAAUAUAUCAAAAAAUCCGUGAAUUAUAAAAAAAAUUAAAGUAUUUAACAAUUAUAUUGACUUCAAGUUACAAAAACAAAAUAAAUUCAACGAACCAGCUACCAAUUGAACGUAAGGGUGAGCACACAAACGCUUCAUUGACUGUCAACGUUUACACAGCUAACCUACAAGGAAAUGUAAAAAUCACUUACACGAACAAAGAACUUAAAGUGAAGCUUUUAAUAACCAACAAUAAAGCAUACAUUAUUGAAGCGUAAAAGCAUUAAAACUCAACUGACAGCUGUCAGCUGUCCAACAGCAGCAAAUCAGUCAAGCACAAAACCCUUAACCGAAAUUCAAUACCACAAAAAUGUGGCGACAACGGCUAGCAAGACGCACGAAUGGCAUGACACUGAUCAUCUUUGGCAGCGCAUUGUUGCUAUUUAAUUGCAUGCAAACAGCAGGUGAGGCAACGGCGCGCAUGACAGCUGAAGGUGGUGAAAAGAUUGAGCGCAACACAGCGGAAGCGUUGACGACAAUUUGGCCUGCCAGCAGUACAGGGACGCGUGUGGUGAGCACCACAGUAACAGACAGCGUUACGCCGAGUCAGCAGCUGAGCGCGCAGCAAAUGUGGACCGAUAGACGCGCGAUAACGCCACGUAAUAUGAGUAAUACAACGAACACGUCAACAGCAAACAAUAAGACACUUACGUCCGGAUCGAUGAACGGUCGAAAUACACAGCGGCGACGCACUUUCUAUGAACACUGCAUGGCGUAUCGCAAUUCACUCGCCGAUCUGGCCACGCUCAUACUGUACUCGCUCGUUUGUCUCGUCGGCAUCUUUGGUAAUACGCUCGUCAUUUAUGUCGUAUUGCGCUUUUCGAAGAUGCAGACGGUAACGAAUAUCUACAUACUCAACUUGGCGAUCGCCGACGAGUGCUUUCUCAUCGGUAUACCAUUCCUGCUAUAUACAAUGCGUAUUUGUAGCUGGCGCUUCGGCGAUUACAUGUGUAAAGCUUAUAUGGUGAGCACCUCGAUUACGCAGUUCACUUCUUCGAUCUUUCUGCUCAUCAUGUCUGCCGAUCGUUACCUCGCUGUUUGUCAUCCGAUCGCCUCGACAAAGUACCGCACACAACGCAUCGCCAAGAUCGUAUCAGCCGUGGCGUGGCUCACCUCAGCAGUGCUCAUGCUGCCGGUCAUACUCUAUGCGAGCACUGUCAGUCAAGAGGAUGGCGUGAAUCUUUCAUGUAAUAUAGAAUGGCCUGAAACGUAUAAGAAGCAUUCGGCCACUACUUUCACGCUUUACACAUUCUUUCUCGGCUUUGCCACGCCGCUCUGCUUCAUUUUAUGCUUCUACUAUUUGGUCAUACGCAAACUGCAUGCCGUGGGCUCGAAGCACAAAUCAAAAGAGAAGAAACGUUCGCAUCGCAAGGUGACGCGUCUUGUGCUCACCGUUAUCACUGUUUACAUUUGCUGCUGGCUGCCUUACUGGGUAUCACAGGUGGCGCUCAUCAACUCGAAUCCCAUGCAAAGUCAACUUUCACGUCUAGAAAUACUAAUUUUCCUACUACUGUUCUGUCUCGUCUACUCCAACUCUGCUGUCAAUCCGAUACUUUAUGCUUUUCUCAGUGACAACUUUCGUAAGAGCUUUUACAAAGCUUUCACUUGUAUGACUAAGAAUGAAGUUAAUGCUCAGCUGCAGGCCGAACCGAGUUUGUUGGCGAAACAGAGCAGCGGCAAGCGGCGUCAGAAACGUCUACUAAACGCCAAAGAAAAUGAACCGCACUUUAUAGCAACAACCAGCGCGAAUAAUAAUUCCUCGGUUACGACUUCUUCGACGACUGUGGCGCCAGCGGCGGGCGAAAAGGCUUCAGCUAUGCUGUUGGCAACUGCAACGGCGUCCACAGAGGGCACUGCUGUUGCCAACGCGACGUUGCAACCAAAUGGACGUACAAUGAUGCGCGCCUCAACACUUGAGGGUGAAGAGAUGAUACUGGUGCUUGACCAUGAACGUCCGAUCUGUGCGCUUGCGGAGCGCGAGGAUGUCGGCAGCAAGGUGUUGCAGACAGAUUUGUAGAUGGCGACUGUAGGCAUACACUUUUAGGCGUUUUAUACAAAAUUUAAUGUUGAAAGUGAAAUUUAAUGAAGAAAUAAAUGUAAGAAUAUAAGUGUAGUAUUUAAUACUCGUUCUUCUUUUUACUAUUUAACACAAAAAUAUAUUUUCUUCAAAAAUCAUUUUUUUUAACAAAUAGAUAUAAAAAGUAUAUGCCUAAUGGUAUGCUUCAAAAUCAGAAAUAUAUGUAUGCAUUUAUUUAGUAUUAUGUUUUGUGUACUAAAGAAAUUUCUGAAAUAAUUUUGUUGUGAGAAAAUUAUAGUAUCUUACUGCCGGCAUGAGAUUAUAAAUUAUUUAAUAAUUCUUGAGCGGGUUUUAUCAAGGAAAAUAUGAUUUUUCUACCUAUAUUUAAGAUGUUUACUUAUCAAAUGUAAGAGAACAUAAUAUAAAAGUAUAGUAGAAGCAAAACAAAGUUUACUGAUCAAAUACAGGCACAUAGAUUAAAUGUAAGUAAAUUUUUUAUAACUUGACCUAACUAUUUUUAAUUAUAAUCCUAAAGCUAGACAAGACACAGUACACAGCUCUAAAACAGUUGCCUGCACAUGAGGGCUCAAUUCAGAUAUGACUAAUAAUUUGUUAACAUCCUAAAUGUAGGCAACAUAAUUAUAAAAGAAUAAUUCCAAAGUAUUCUUGAUGAAGUUACGUUUUUGAAAAAAUAUGUUAGUACUUUUUGGGCACAAAUUUCAAAAAAAAAAAAUGUAACCUAAACAGAGCAGCAGUUGUCAGUCCGCUAAAGAUUAUUGAAUAAAAUUCUGCAAAAUUUAUUUUCAUAAUCCUUAUAUUUAAUAAAGACUGAAUAAAAUAUUUUUCAAAAAUUGUAAAAUGUUACUGAAUUCUAAAAAUCAUGACUUAAUUACAAACUAAAAUUCUGCAAAAUCUUACUAGUUCAAACUAGAAUGUGGGAUACUUAAUAUUUUAAACGUACACAAGAAAUAAAAUAAAUAACCAUGUUAUAUGAGUUAAAUAAAUUGGAAAUAUAUGUAUGUAUAUAUGUAUGUAUAUUUUUUAAAUGAAGAGAAAAUAAAUUAAACAGGAAAAAAUAAAAAUUAAGAUAUAAUAUAAUAUAAAAAUAAUAUUUAAAACCCAAAAUCCACCUACUAACUUCUCAAAUUAAAAUCUGUCUAUAUAACCUUCAACUCCAGUACGUCUUAAUUCACUACCAAAUUUCUAACUGAAAAAUUUGCUGAAAAAAAACUCCGACGAAUUUGAUAAAUGUUAAUAAGAUAACAAUAAGAAGAUUAUAAUAAAAACAUUAUGUAGCAGAAUACGGAAUUUAUUGACAUCAAACAGCAUUGAAGAAAAAGAAUUUAUUUUAAUAAUAAAAAAAUGCAUUUACGUACAUAUUUGAUGAUAAAAACAGAUUUUAAGCGAAUUAAAUGAAUUUUUGGCCUUUAUAAAAUUGUAAAAAAAAAAAAUAACAAAUUAAAAAAUUGUAUGAACCAAGAACUAUUAAGGUAUAGAACGUAAGGAAU